AUGAGCGUGGUGACACCUACCUCGCCCGCCAUACCAUCCACAGGCGAGGUGACGAUUGCAGGGGCGCAGAAGUUUGCUGACAACAGCUCUGGUCCUGCUUCUGUUGUAUCGAAUGAGCAGACUGAGCAAAAGCAACUCUCCAAUCUCGUCCACAACAUUGGAAACGUUUCAGUAUUAGGAGCUUCAGAUUCUAGGUAUCUUGGCUCCACUUCCGGCAUUUCCUUUGCCAGAGUCGUCUUUGCCGCAGUCAAGAGCUCAGUAUCAGGAUCGACAUCUGAACGUGGCGGGGUUCGUCCUUCAAAGCCACUUACGAGUGCAGCUACAGGAGGAACUACCAUGAGAGACUCGUUCUUUGGACUUCAGACGAAACCCGCCAUCAAACCGGCAACUUUCCCUGACAAGGAUAUCGGACGGCGAUUGAUGGAGCUAUAUUUCGAACACUCCAACCCUCAGAUACCAAUUCUUCAUCGUGGAGAGUUUAUGGCAUUAUUUGACAAAGUUUACGCCACCGAGGAGAAGAAGAGAACACCACGAGAGCUAUAUAUGCUCAACAUCGUCUUUGCCACAGGUGCCGGAGUCAUCCUAGAAGCCUCUGUUAAGAACAAUGAUGGAGAAAAUGCAGCCGAUGGCAAGGCUGGACAGAGUCGUAAGAGGCAAAAGCUCUCUCAUGAGCAAUCGCGGCCAGAAGAGUACCACGCUUCGGCUAUAGUGCACCUGGAGUCAUUCCUCGGAUCUUCUUCCGCAACAGAGGGAAUUGGCGGCGGUCUUGAAGAACUCCAGGCUGUCCUUCUUCUGGCAGGAUUUGCGCUACUCCGUCCGGUUGCACCAGGUCUUUGGUACAUCGUCGGUGUAGCUGUUCGUCUUGCUGUGGAUCUAGGCCUUCACAAUGAGGACCCAGAAGCUUCGACAGAAGUUAGUACGGCGCAGGGGCAGCCCGAGAUGACCAGUGCUGCGAGAGAAGAGUACGGACGCCGUCAGUACAUCCGAGACUUCCGAAGAAGACUGUGGUGGUGCGUCUACUCUUUCGACCGCUUGGUUUCAACUUGCGUUGGCAGACCGUUUGGCAUCACAGACCAGGUGAUCACGACCGAGUUCCCGACGUUGCUCGAUGACAAGUACAUCACACCAACCGGUUUCCUUAGCCCACCACAAAAUGAGUAUGGAAGCAUUCCGAGCUACAAGCAUGUCUCAUAUCACUAUUUCCGGCUUCGCUUGCUGCAGUCAGAGGUAUUGCAAGUCUUGCAGCAUCGCCAAACUCAGCAGUUCAGAGAACGGGGUACGGUGAACGGAGCCAAUCGAUGGAUGCACACAGACCUUCCUUCACCGUUCUUGUCGAGGUACUCAAGCUUCAGAGAGUGGCGAGGUGACAUCGAUCGACGAUUGUACGAAUGGAUCGAGUCUUCGCCCACACAGACAAUGACUGGAGUUGCUUUCUCGCCACUGUUCUUGGAGCUCAACUACUGGCUUACAGUGACCAUGCUAUACCGCCAGUCUCUGUCCGUGCCUCCAUCACUUGCUGGUGAGCUCGAUGCUUCUACAGGCGAUGACGUUACCAGUCCAGGCCACGUUGACUACGAAGAAGAAGACGAGGAGACGGUGUUCUUGAAAGUGGCCGAAGCCGGUCAAAAGACACUAAAGAUCUACCGUCAACUACAUCGCGUGAGAUUGGUCAAUCAUACUUUCCUGGCUACACACCACCUGUUCAUGUCUGGUAUCUCUUUCUUGUAUGCCAUCUGGCACUCGACAGUGGUGAGAUCUAAGCUCACACUAGACGACGUCGAUUUUACCAUUCUGGCAGCUACAUCUGUGCUCGGGGACAUGAUCGAAAAGUGUCCUCCUGCUGAAGCGUGUCGGGAUGCAUUUGACCGCAUGAGCAAAGCAACCAUCGCGAUGGUGGAGCAGACGACAGGAUUCGGAUCCCAAGCGCUACGAUAUAUCGCACAAGCGCAAAAAGUACAGCAGCAUGCAGACGUGUCCGCUGUAGGGGAGCACAACGUUAGGAAGACCAAUAACAACUCAGUCAUGGCGGCUCCCAACCAAGGCAGGCCCCACCAGCAACAGCAACAAGAGCAGCUACAACAAGCCAGACGACCUAUGCCGCGAUUUGACAUGAAUCUACGAGAUCUGUUCACGGAUGACGAGUCGACCAAUCGGCCGUCAGCACAAAGAAGAGGGCCAUUCCCAAUGGCCAGGCCACCAAAUUCUGGAGUCAAGCGUGAAGGAGGACCAGGACCAGCUUUCCCUGGUACACCUACUGGAGCCGCUUACCCGCAGAACCAAAUAUCUCCGCGCCUAUAUGCGCCCAGCCCGCCGAUAGAUCCAUCACUACAGUCGACGCCGCCACCGAUAGCGAGACAAUCACCCAGCCAGCAUCAUUACUACCCUCGAGGAGGACAAGGCUAUAUGGCACCCGGACCUCAGGGAGUGCCAGGUCAUCUCGAAGGGUUUGAGUUCUUGCAGGACUUCCAACUGCCAGACCAAGGUGGACCUCUUGGUCAAGCAGGACAAGCGCCUGGUAAUUAUGGAGAGUUCGAUAUGGGUUUCGGUGCAGGAGGACUUGCUUUCGAUGGCGGCGGUCAACCGUGGGAUGAACAUGGAGGCUUCGACUUGUUUGAUGGAUUCUUCUUUGGAGGAACGAAUGGAGGGGGUCAGAGAUAG